GCCUAGCCGCUCCCCGCCCCCGGCGCGGGUAAGAUGGCGGCCGCGGCUCAGGCGCUGAGCGGCUCCGGGCUGCUUCUGGCCGCCGCCGCCCUCGCCCUCCUGGCCGUGGCCAUCGGCACCGACUCCUGGUACCAGACGGACGCGCGGCGGCACCGCGAGCGCUGCCGGGGCUUCGGCCACAAGCGCAGCGACCCGCCCGGCUCCAUGUCGGCGCCCAGCCCGCACCUGCCGCUCCGCGCCCGCCCCCCGCGGGCUCUGCUGCCCGGACACCCCCCGGCCUCUGCCCCGGCCCCGGCCGCCGCCCUGGACUCGCACUGCGGCCGCCGCUUCAACUCCACCGUCUCCGGGCUCUGGAGGCGCUGCCACCGCGCGGGCUACGAGCCAGACAGCGAGGAGCUCAUCCGGAAAGGAGUUAUUCAGCGCUGCACUGCUGUGAAGUACCAUUACACCUCAUCCUCUCUGCCACGCAAUUUACCCAUCAAUAUUACCAACAUCAUCCGGCAGGACGAGUGGCAUGCUCUCCAUCUGCGGAGAAUGACAGCCGGCUUCAUUGGCAUGGCAGUCUCCAUCAUCCUGUUUGGCUGGAUCAUUGGUAUGCUGGGCUGUUGUAAACAGCACGAGCUCAUGCAAUACGUGGCAGGGCUGCUCUUCCUCAUGGGAGGUACAUGCUGCAUCAUCUCACUCUGUACCUGUGUGGCUGGGAUUAAUUUUGAGUUGUCUCGCUAUCCUCGCUAUGUCUAUGGGCUGCCAGAGGAUAUCAGCCAUGGCUACGGCUGGUCCAUGUUCUGUGCCUGGGGAGGCCUGGGACUUACUCUUUUGGCUGGAUUCCUCUGCACGCUGGCCCCCUCGCUCAAUGCCUCUCGUACUGCUGUACAGAAACCCAGACAGGAAAAUGGAGCUGUGUGACCUCAAAGGGUGCAGGAGAAGAGACUCCAGCAAGCACAGCCUAGGUAAAGCUGUGGGUUAACAGCACCAUGGACAUGGCAUUUCAGCCCCAUUGCGGAGAGUGGUACACACCUGUGGAACAAACUAGGGAUGUUAACGGUUUUUGGCGAAGUCCUGGGGCAAAUAUGACCCUGUGGUUCUCCUGCUACAGAAUUUCUGUCUUAGACAGACUCUACAACAAGCUGGGGUUAAUGUUCUACUGACUUGCUCAUUGAUUUAAGAGGGAGUUUUUCUUUUAUAAUUAAGGGAUUAUCUCCUGUUUAUUUGAAACACUAACUGCAGCUCUUUUGUUCUAGUCCAGUUGUGGAGGAUUCUUGUCCAUUAUAAAUGUGUAGCUGCAGAGUUUGUGUAACACUGACAGGAGGCUGAACACCCUUCCAAUGGGCUUGGCCUCUAGCAGUUUGGCUCAGACCUCCAUUGUCCAAAAGAGCGUGAAGAUCCAAAUAGUGGUUACGGCAACUCAUCCAUCUUCAGUAUUGAUAGAUCUGCUGCAAAAAGUGAGGCUCACUCCCCCAUUAUGUAAUGGGGGCUGCCAGUGGCCAAUACUGAACUUGCUUGGAAAGACAGCAGGAGUUAAACAAACCAGCCUUCCCCUUCUGUGGGGAGGGGGGAGUUGGUCCUCUGCUCUCCAUGUCAGUCACUUCAUUGAGUAAGCAGCAGCAUCUGCCAGCUAAUGCACAUGACCCUAGUUAUGAGUGUGUGCAAAAGCUAGGAACAAUAAGCUACAAGCACCAUUCAUUCACUGUGGAAUUGUUCCAUAAGGAGACAUAGUGGCAGUGGUUUCAGCUGCUGGGAUCAACCUCAAGGACCCAGCUACCUUCUAACUGAGGUACAUGACUCCUAACUGCAAGGAAAGAGCACUCUCUGAGAAGAGUUACAAGCUUUUACUGUUGAGCUUAGAGGAGGACACAUUGCCACCAAGAAGCUGGAGCGGUCACAGUAGCUUGUUGCAGUAUAUCCAGAAGAUUUAUUUUCCCCAGAAAGCUUGGCUUAUGUUCAUUUCAUACACUGUCCUUCAUAGGCUUUGUCCCCAGUUGUCUGUCUAGAAUGGGGGAUACAUUAGCUGUGCACAGUUCAAUCACAAACCCACAGCUCAGUUGAUGCCACGUCCUGUAACCAGCAGAGAACAAAACAUUUUUUGGAGGAAUGGAUGGUGAGCAGCUUGUAACCCACAUCAGCACUAGGGCUAACUCAGGAACAUGAGCCAAGCUACUGCCAGGUAAAGUUUUCUUUCAUACAUCCCUCUUACUGCUCCCCCCCCCACCCCCCACAAGGUGCACAGGCAGUGGAAGAGAGAUGUGUAACACAACUGAAUGGCAUGUAAGAUAAGCAGUGCUAAAGUCAGUGUAUUUAUAAAGUGUCAUUUUUAAAUGGAGGCUGUGAUUCUCAACUGGCAUUAAAGUACUGAAAAACUUG